AUGCUGAACGGCCACAGACGAUUGCAAUCCAAAGUACCUCUACGGGAAGCUGGUGUUCAUCUGAGACUUAAAGUAGCCGGCACUCCUGGCUAUGGCGAUUUCAUCAACAACGCUGAACUCAAGCUAGUUGAAAUAGAAUUCAUGAAGUGUCUUCACACCAAAGUGAACCUUAUCCUGGUGAUCGCCAUAGCAGACACGAUGACGGACGAUGAAAUCACCGCUUUCAAGCAACAGCGGAAAAUUCCAUUUGCCAUCGUCGGCUUGGACUCGGAAGUCCAAACAGCUGAUGGACGCAAAUGUCGCGGACAUCAAUAUCCGGGGGGAAUUAUCAAAGUGGAUAACGAGGAGCAUUGUCGAACAGCAAAAGUAUCCGAAGUGGCUACCAAGUCUACCGCGGUUAUAGCUAUACUCUUGCAUGUCUAUUUAUAA